AUGCUCACCAUCCGAGGACCCCCUGGGAUUUCUGCGUGUCAGCCUUGCUGGAAACCACAACGCCCAUCAGGCACUGCUGCUGCUGCGCUGAAUGAAGGUACAGAAACAAGGACUAGGCAAGGAACGCGCCCUUGCGCGCGUCUUGGGGAACUGGGGGGUGGGGGAGAGGAGGGAGCAGCCCGCGCGCGCACCUCGAUCCCAGGCUUUUGGCGCGAGCCUCUCGCCACACUUGUCGGUCCCUGCGGUAGGUGCGAGGAUCAGGAUGGGCUUCCUUUCCUCCCUGCCGCCAGGAUGAGUCAUCUUCGGAGAUUCCCUUUCGCAGGUUCUGCUCGGCAGCGCGACGCCUCCCGGGAGAGAGAGCGAGAAAAAUAUCCCGCGCCGCUUGGAGAAUUAGGAGGAGGAGGAAGCGCGCUUACCAUUGCAAUUAUGGCGAUUCAAGAGGUGAAGUUGUUUCUCUCUGUGUGUUUACACAUGUGGUGAGAGAGAAUCAUAACACUGUACAGUUGGAAGAGACCCCGAGGAUCAUCUAGUCCAACCCCCUGCAAGGCAGGAAUCUCAACUAAAGAAUCCAGGACAGAUAGUCAUCCAACCUCUUCUUAAAAACCACCAGCUCCCGAGAGAGUCUAUUCCACUGUCAAACAGCUCUCUCAGAAAGUUCUUCCCGAUGUUUAGUUGGAAUCUCUUUUCUUGUAACUUGACGCCAUUGGAUUGAGUCCUAUCCUCCAGAGCAGGAGAAAACAAGUUUUCUCCGUCUUCCAUGUGACAUUUGAAGAUAUUUGAAGAUGGCAAUCAUCAGGGGUGUCUUACCCAUAGAGGCUAGUGGCACGGGGUGCCAAGUUCUGGAGGGCGCCAGGGAAGAGGCAGAGGCUGGACGCGGCGCCUCCCGGCAUCAGCUCGCCACCCUCGCCAUGCCACGCUGAAGCAGCGCCGCGCCCAGAGCCUCUGUCUGCCAUGGCCACCACGGCACAAAGUGGCCAGCUGAGCUGGGAGGUGCUGCGUCCAGCCUCUACCUUUUCCCCGCUGGAGGAGCCACCCUCCAGCUCCUGCCCUCCUCCUCUAGCCCCGCUGGCAGCGCUGUCCUCUCUAAAAAACCUCUGGGAAACCAGAGGGGGCACCGGAGGGAGCUUUGCACCACGGCGCUGGAUAUGCUUAAGAUGGCCCUGGCGAUCAUAUCUCCCCUUAAGUCUCCUCUUUUCCAAGCAAAAUAUACCCAGCUCCUUCUACCGUUCCUCUUAAGGCUUGGUUUCCAGACCCUCGAUCAUCUUGGUCGUCAUCCUCUGCACACAUUCAAGCUUGUCAAUAGCCUUCUUAAAAUGUGGCACCCAAAACUGGACACAGGACUCCAGGUGUGGUCUGACCAAAGCUGAAUAGCAAACUAACUAAAUGAAUUUCAAUAGAAGGUCAUAUUGAAUCCUGACUCUGCUUUCUCCAUACACUUGAUCUUUCACAGGGCAUGAAGAAGAAGAAGAAGAAGAAGAAGAAGAAGAAGAAGAAGAAGAAGAAGAAGAAUUGGUGUUGGGGGAAACAGAGGUUGCUGCACGAAAUAUAG